CUAAUCUUCCACGACAAAUCCUAACACGUACCCAUUCUCUCUUUCUGUUACCUUACUCUUUGAUACUUCUUUACUCUUUUCUUUGAUAACAAUAAACCUCUAUCCAAUGGCCAACACCCUCCCGCCCGAACUUCUCAGCAAGGUGUUUGAGAGCAUCAGCCCUUUCGACAAUCAGAGACCCACCGUCAUUUCGUGUCUAAUUGUCAACCAAGAAUGGCAUGAUGUUGCUCUUCGCUUCCUCUAUAAAGACCUAGUGUUAUUUUGUGGCCCUCAGUUGGAUCUCUUCACAGCAUGUCAUAAUCGGCGGGCCGUUUCUUCUCUGACACGAUCUUUAACCCUCUACAUAAGUCGACCGGGCGAAUUACCGGGAAGUGCUUUCAACGAAGCUCAAAAUCGAUUCCUUCAAUUGGCGACGCAUGUCAUUCCGCGUAUGAACAAUCUUCGGUCUCUCUCUGUCGCGCGCCAUCACCGGGUCCCGUUUUGUUGGAUUAAAAAGUCAAUUGUUUCGAUCAUUCUGAGAAGCAUUCCACCAAGUUGCACUAGUCUAGAGCUUGCUUUGGGGACGUCGGAUAUGAAUGAUAUCGAUGGACCUGAAGACGACUCUAUACAUCUUUGCGAGGAUUUGCGCUCCCUGCUGCCCCGUAUGCACCAUGUCCACAUCGAUAUGAGCUCUCUAUGCGAUGCACUGUUUGGCACUUGGGACUCAGAUGAGUGUUUUCACCCCACCGCACUACCAAAUCUUCGGAGCCUUCAUAUUCCUUGCGUGGGCAUGCAGAACAAGACACCGUGCUUAGAGAGACACCGGCAGGACCAGUGGUCACUCUGGAAUUCCAUCAUUCCGGCUCUGCAGCUUGUAGUUGAGCUGCCAGACACCGCUGAUGCAGAUAUAACCGUCUUGGGGUCAGUGGCGCCGUUGAGCUCUUACAAGCUGGAUAUAUACACGACGCUGUUGCGCUGCCACAUAAAAAGAGGGCGGACGACAACUUGGGCAUUUCCAACUACCAAACAUCUCGUGAAAGAGGAGAUAGAGGGGGAGAGGUGGAAAAUGCAGCUUGUCUAUAUACGUUUGUACCACGAGACGUAUAUGACGCAGAGAAAAUGGAUCUACAUGUUGGCUGGGGGACGACCAUGGAGAAUACUGAACUCAGGUUCAAGACUGCCUGUACCUUGGAGUAACAGUGCAGAAUGGAUGCCAGACGAGAAACUUGGUAUUAUGACUUGGGAGAAGUGGACGAAGGGGAACCCAGGUGAAGUGCCCAUGCUGCUAAAGAAUGAGGAAGUUGCGGGAAUGCGGCUUAUAGAUGCAGAGGAACGUGAGGGCCAUGAAGAGGUUUGUUUGGCGGAGAAGACGCCGGCUGGGUUUGUGAGACCAAGUCGCUGGUCCCGAAGCCAGCUUUUCAGAGCAGACUAACAAUAGAGCCAUGUUUCUUGAGCACUUUGGAAAUGUGACGAUGCUAGCUUGUGGAAGUUUCGGGGCCAAAAUUGAAAAGAAUAUAG